GUGCGCUAGAACGUGUGCACGGGCAGGAGCUGAGAAGAGAGGAGGAGGUUGUGUGUUGCAGCGACGAUGCUUAGCCGUGUUGCGAACGCCGGGGCGAGGGGAGCGCUGAGGGCGCGCUUGCCCGCCGCUUCCGCUGGCGGACGCGCCCGGGUACCGCCGCUGAUCCAGCCUGCCUUCCAGAGCUUUCACGCGGGCCUUCCCAGCAGGGAAUCGGCGGUAGACAAGCCAGCACCCUCGAGGGCAGAGGAUAUCGAGGCAAACAAGAACGCCAAGCUUUUCGGCGACAACCCUCGUCUUGAGGGGAUGAUCGAAGCGGGCAAGUUGGAUAGCGCGAAGCGGCUGGUUCCAUUGGCUCUCUUCCUGACGGUUCCGGCCUUGUGCCGCGAGUGGUACGUGAUGACGGAGGAGACGAUGCUCAUGGGCUGCUUCUUCCUCUUCCUUGGCGCCGCCAUGGACUUCGGCGGGGAGGGUGUCGGAAAGUACUUCGACGACCAGACGGCGGAGAUCAAGCGUGCGCAGCAGUCGGCCGAGCAGGAGCAGAUCAAGCGAGUGACCGGGGACUUAGCGACCGAGAAGGCCCGCCUGGUGGAGAUGCAGCAGAUGGACGCCAUCAGCAAGGCCAUCGCGUACGGCAACACGCGCAGAAACGAAGCGGAGGCCAUGGCGGCGCCACACAUGAGUCGCGAGUCCACGGUGAAGUUGCUGGAGGCCCUCAGGGGCGCUAAGAUCAAGCGCGUAGCGGACCUCCGCAACGCCGAGAUCGCCACGGCGCUCACGGAGGUGGUGGCUAAGGUGUCGGCCGACAAGAAGCUCAAGAAGGCCGCCCUCGACAAUGCCCUGAUGACCCUCGCAGACCCCAGCAAGGCGGCCAAGGUGGACCCCGUCAGCGAGGUGUUCGCGCAGUACUGGAAGCAGAAGGCCAUCGACACGGAGAAGAACAAAAACAAGCCGGUUGCCUUGACCCCGGAGCAGAUCGCCACCAACGAGGCCGACAUCCGGUCCCUUUGCGAGAAGGUGGGCCAGGACCCUGCCAUGCUGCUGGCCAGCAUGCCCAAGACCUACACGGCUGACACACCCACUCUCUUCAGCUAG